UAACCUCCAAUCAUCACGUGAUAUGUGACGUCCUUUUCCCCCAGAGUCCAUUGAUAGGGCAACACAGAAAUUAGUGUGGUUGUCCAUCUAGACUCUAUCCAAAAUGGUGAACUUUACCGUCGACGAGAUCCGGUCCAUUAUGGACAACAAGAAAAAUAUCAGGAACAUGUCCGUCAUUGCUCAUGUGGAUCAUGGAAAGUCAACCCUGACUGAUUCCUUGGUCAGUAAAGCUGGUAUCAUUGCCUCUGCAAAGGCUGGUGAGACCCGUUUUACAGACACCAGAAAGGAUGAGCAAGAAAGAUGUAUCACCAUCAAGUCUACUGCCAUUUCCCUGUACUACGAGUUGGCCAAGGAGGACAUGCAGUACAUCAAGCAGGAGUAUGAUCCAGAAAAUAACCACUUUCUGAUCAAUCUCAUUGAUUCUCCGGGCCACGUGGACUUUUCAUCGGAAGUGACUGCUGCACUCCGUGUUACUGAUGGAGCUUUGGUCGUGGUGGACUGUGUUUCUGGAGUCUGUGUGCAGACUGAAACUGUCUUGCGUCAGGCUAUUGGUGAGAGAAUCCGCCCAGUUCUGUUCAUGAACAAGAUGGACCUGGCCCUGUUGACCCUUCAGCUUGAUCCUGAGGAUUUGUACCAGACUUUCCAGAGGAUCAUCGAAAACGUCAACGUCAUUGUUGGUACUUACGGUGAAGACGAUGGGCCCAUGGGAGAUAUCCAGGUGGACCCCAAGAACGGAACUGUGGGCUUUGGAUCUGGCCUGCACGGAUGGGCUUUCACCCUGAAGGACUUUGCGAAGCUGUACGUCAGCAAGUUUGGAAUUGAAGAAACUGCCUUGAUGAAGAGGUUGUGGGGCAACCAGUUCUACUCUCAGAAACAGAAGAAGUGGUUCAAGGAAGAAACGCAGGGUGCAGUGAGAGGAUUCACCAACUACAUCUUGAAACCCAUUUACGAGAUUUUCAACAGCUGCAUGAACAAGCCAAAGCCCGAUGCCCUUAGUCUGGUGGAGAAACUUGGAGUGAAGCUGACUACUGAAGAGAAGGAGUUGGAAACCAAGCAACUGUUGAAGUGUGUCAUGAGGAAGUGGCUGCCAGCUGGAGACGCUAUGUUGCAGAUGAUUGUCAUUCACUUGCCAUCACCUGUCACUGCCCAGAGGUACAGAGCUGAGCUUCUCUAUGAAGGACCUUUUGAUGAUGAGUGCUGUGUUGCUGUGAAGCAGUGUGACCCGAAAGGACCCCUGAUGAUGUACAUUUCCAAGAUGGUACCCACCAGUGACAAGGGACGUUUCUAUGCCUUUGGACGUGUGUUUGCUGGAACAGUGGCCACUGGACAGAAGGUCCGAAUCAUGGGACCCAACUUCAUCCCUGGCAAGAAAGAGGAUCUGUUCGAGAAGAACAUUCAGAGAACCAUCUUGAUGAUGGGCCGUUACGUGGAGUCAAUUGAGGAUGUGCCCUGCGGCAACAUCUGUGGUCUGGUGGGUGUUGACCAGUACUUGGUGAAGACUGGCACCAUUUCCACCCACAAGGAAGCUCACAACAUGAGAGUGAUGAAGUUCAGUGUGAGCCCUGUGGUGAGAGUGGCUGUGGAGUGCAAGAACCCCUCUGAGUUGCCCAAGCUGGUCGAGGGUCUCAAACGGUUGGCCAAGUCUGAUCCUAUGGUGCAGUGCAUCAUUGAGGAGUCGGGCGAGCACAUCAUUGCUGGAGCUGGUGAGUUGCAUUUGGAAAUUUGCCUGAAAGAUUUGGAAGAGGACCAUGCUGGCAUCCCCAUCACUGUGUCUGAGCCUGUGGUGUCCUACAGAGAAACGGUCUCUGAGCUGUCAGACAUCAUGUGCUUGGCCAAGUCGCCCAACAAACACAACAGACUGUUCAUGAAGGCUGAACCCCUGCCAGAGGGUGUGGCUGAAGCCAUUGACAAGGGUGACAUUGCCCCAAGACAAGAGGCCAAGGAGAGGGCGAGAUUCCUCAGUGACAAGUUCGGCUUUGACGUUGGUGAGGCCAGGAAGAUCUGGUGCUUCGGCCCCGAGGGUACUGGACCCAACCUUCUGAUUGACUGCACCAAAGCUGUCCAGUACCUGAACGAGAUCAAGGACAGUGUCAUUGCUGGAUUCCAGUGGGCUUCAAAGGAGGGUGUCCUUUGUGAAGAGAACAUGAGAGGCUGCCGAUUCAACAUCUAUGACGUGACUCUGCACGCUGACGCUAUUCACCGUGGUGGCGGUCAGAUCAUCCCUACUGCCAGAAGAGUGCUGUAUGCUGCUGCCAUCACUGCUCAACCCAGGGUGUUGGAACCUGUCUACCUUGUGGAGAUUCAGUGUCCUGAACAAGCUGUGGGAGGAAUCUUUGGUGUAUUGAACAGACGUCGUGGUGUUGUGUUUGACAACCAACAGAUUGGAAGCACCCCUCAGAUCACCGUCAAAGCCCAUUUGCCUGUAAACGAGUCUUUUGGCUUCACCGCUGAUCUCCGCUCCAACACGGGAGGCCAGGCCUUCCCCCAGUGUGUGUUUGACCACUGGCAGAUCCUGCCUGGUGACCCCAUGGACCCAGCCACCAAACCAGGUGUUGUGGUCACCGACACCAGGAAGCGCAAGGGCUUGAAAGAGGGCAUUCCUCCCCUGGAAAACUUCAUGGACAAAUUGUAACAUCUGGGAUUUUCUAACCUUUUUUUUUUCCCUUUUGUCCUGUUUUACCCAAUGUCCUCGUCAUCACCCCUUAAAAUGGUUUUAUCGUAGACUGGUAUGAUUUUUCUUGAAGUCUCUGAACAUGCAAGUUCCAUUUUUUGUGUCGGCCGACUAAGUAACAGUGGAUGUAUCCCAUGCCGUCGACGUUUUUAAGGUGCUUUGCUCUUAUGGUAGUGCAGUAAACGCUUGUUGGAGUCAAUGUAAGAACGGACUUCUUGCUUCCUUUUGUCCCCUUUCUAAAUUUUGUCCUGAGGACUUGAAUGUUUAGAGACUUGACUGACACCACGGUAUGUGUUUUUGACCCUGGCAAGUUGAUGCUACAGAGAGUUAAAUUUGGCUUUUCCCGCGGACUACUGGGGACUAGUAGGACUGUAACUGAAAGCUGUCCAUUUGUUUCAAGCUUCAUCAGGGUGAUAGGUUUUAUGAUAGUUGUUUCUAUUUUUUUAUAUAUCGCACUAUCUUCUGGCCUUGACUUGUGAGGGGUUACAUACCUCAAGUACUGGAUUGAUAAAUGGAAGACUUAAUUGGUUACUUCUUGUACGAAACAUCUUUUAUCACAAACUGAAUAAAGUUCAUCACUUUGGAUCAGGACUAGUCGGGUAUUCAUGUCUAAUGAAUCUACGCUUACUAUAGCAAGAAACUCAAGGUAAAGGUUGAUUCAAACUUGCUAUGUACGAUUGUCAAUAAAAGACUUAAUUUA